AUGCUGCUUCUUGGAUCCAGGAAGAUGUUGUUGUUUGGAACUGGUGAGAAGAAGAUUUUGCUUGAACGUGGUAAGAGGACUGACAAUGGAGUGUAUGAAGAUUGGACAAAGCUGGUUCCACGGGUUAUGUCACGGAGAAUCGAAGUCCUUGUGAAGAAGAGGUGCGACAGCAACCACAAAUGUGCAAUUCCUGUCAUCGAUGUGAUGACUUGGUUGCAUCAGCUGAAGAAGAAGGCUGUCUUUCUCGCCACAGGGGAAGAAGACAUGUCCCAGAGGACUUACUUUGACACAGAGAAUGCUUCAAGAGGUCUAGGUAAGUUCAUCGUUGUGGUUUUGGGUGGAGGAUUGUGGUAUAUUGGGAAAUUUCUUGUGGGUGAGGGAUUCGAGUUCUUGAAGAUGAGAGAGUGUGAGGUGAAGAUAACUGACAAGAUUGAGGAAUUUGAAAAUGAGAUCGACAUCUACACAAUUGGAAAAAUCACAGAAACAGUGAAAGUAUAA